AUGGACUAUGAUGAAUCGAGUCGUAGCCACCUGGAGCGCAAGCUGUCAUGGAUCGAACAUUACGACAAACACUACGGUGCUCGUGGAGUCGAAAGGCUUGCAUCUGCAUACAGGGACGACCAGCAUUGCCAGUUCGUCGGCAGGAUAAAUGGUGGAUUCAAUAUCUGCUUCAAGGUCGUAUUUGAUGACGGUAUAGCUUGGGCGGUCCGAUUCCCCAUUCCUGGAUGGGUCAUGGAUCCAGAACAGAAAAUACAUCGCGAGGUCGCCGUGAUCAAAUACCUACAGGGAAACACUCGCAUUCCUGUGCCCAGGCUCGUCGCGCACGGAAGUGCUUCCGAUAACCACGACCCAAAAAUCGGACCUUUCAUCAUAUCAGAAUGGGUUGAUGGCGUGUCACUGGUCAGCCUGAUGGAGAAGUUGCCACGUCCAAGCUACGGUAUGGUUCUGCGAAAGGAUCUUGACGACGACUUUUUAUAUAAAAAAUACUGUUGCCUGGAAAUGUCAGAACAAGUCGGCGGUUCGACCUCGUGGUCAAUUCGAAAAUGGCCACUGACUCUGAAGAUGAACGAGAUCGAAUCUCACGGCCAUGUUGUGGUAGACGCUUGGACUGAUCCAAGGACAGACCAUGAAGCUGCGCCUUUCGACACUGCAGCUGAUUACAUGAAUAACCUCCUGGAACAAAAUAUCAAGCAACUUUACGAGCAAAGGAACUCUAUAGACAGUGCGGAAGAUGCGAGAUGCAAGUUUGUUCUACGCCGAAGCCGAAGGAUGCAAGCACUUGUGCCAUACUUCAAGUCUCGACUCAACACAGGUCCCUUCAAGCUCUUUUGCGAUGAUAUGCAUCCACGCAAUGUCUUGAUUGACGAGCACACCCAUCAGAUUACCGCGAUCAUCGGCUGGGAGUGGACAUAUGCUGCCCCUCGAGAGUUCUCGCUCACACCUCCGUCUUGGUUGGCACUGGAAGGUCCUAGUGGUUGGAACACGUCGAGUGAAGUUGCAUUUGGGAGACAAAUGUCCCUGUUCCUACAAGCUCUGGAGGAUGUGGAGCAGAAAAGGGAAUCGACCUUUCCUCCUAAGGAACCCGGAGAGCCGCCUAUGUCGACCGUUAUGCGACAGAACUUCGAAGACGGCACGUUUCGGUUCGUACAGUUGUUGUUAAAGUCUUUCAACUUCGAUGAGGAGGUAAUAUGGCCAAACUUGGAGCGUGUCUUGCAGAGAAGAGGAUUACUCGAGGUUGGUGUUCCGAGCGAAGAAGAGAUUGAAGCGUUUGUGGUCAAGAAAAUGAAAGAUCUUGAUGAGUACAAUCGAGAUCUACAGACAAAUCCGACAGAGCAGAAGAUUGAAGCCGAGCGGCAGUCAACCUAG